AUGGAAAUUAAAUCCCGUCAAUAUCCUGCAAUAACAGAGUUCAUCCUCCUGGGUCUUUCUGAUGAGCCUCAUAUGCAAGUUGUAUUAUUCUCAACUUUUCUAGCAAUUUAUAUAAUCAUUCUGGCUGGAAAUCUUCUCAUCAUUCUCCUUACUUUGGCUGACCCUGCCCUUCACACACCCAUGUAUUUCUUCUUAAGAAAUCUUUCCUUCCUGGAGAUCUGCUACACAUCGGUCAAUGUCCCCAAAAUGCUUGAAAGCCUCUUCUCUGGAAAGAAAUCCAUCUCAUUCAUUGGCUGUGCUCUGCAAACCUAUUUUGACUUCUUCCUGGGUGGCUCAGAGUGUUUCCUCUUAGCCUCAAUGGCCUAUGAUCGUUACGUUGCCAUUUGUAAGCCACUGCACUAUCCUGUCCUGAUGAGCCAAAAAGUGUACACAUUUCUAGCAGUUGUAUCCUGGUUAAGUGGCUUUUUAAUGUCUUUUAGUCACACUAGCAUGGUCUUUACCUUGCCCUUUUGUGCUUCCAAUGUGAUCAACCACUUUUUUUGUGACAUACCCCCAUUACUGAAACUGGCCUGUGGAGAUACAACUAGGACUGAAAUUGCUGUGUUUACAGUAGCUAUGAUUUUUGUCACUUUCCCUUUUGUCCUGAUCUUGAUGUCUUAUAUUGGCAUCAUCAACACCAUUUUGAAGAUCUCUUCCUCUGAGGGCCGGAAGAAGACCUUCUCUACCUGCUCUUCACACCUGAUUGUUGUGACUUUGUUUUUUGGUUCUGCUUGUAUUAUUUACUUGAAGCCCAAUUCCAGUUACUCCCCAAACACUGAUAAAUAUCUUUCUCUGUUCUACACUGUUGUUGGUCCUAUUUUAAACCCUGCCAUUUACAGCUUGAGAAAUAAAGAAGUGAAAUGUGCCUUUAUGAGGAUAUGGAAAAGAAAACCUUUAAAGUGA